ACCGUUCUCCAGCGGAAGAAAAUUAGUUGCCUUGGUGAAUGACAAAUAUGUACCGAGUGUUCUCCGAUGAGCCCGUACAAUCCAAUGUGUGAAGCUUACCACCGCGUACCAAAGUUAUGCACAAACCACGGCAUUAGUUGAACGUUGCACACAACUAAGUGUAAAAUGAGUACGCGACCAAGCCCCGCUCCAUUCAAACGAUCGAUAGACGGAUUGUUCAACGUUUGGCUCAACUUACGGAACCAGGGUCACGAAAAACCGCUGCGAAAUGCACUCUACAACGUACUCGUGGUCGGCGUAAUAGCUGUAGUGAUCGGUGUGACGUUGGUUUUAGCCCCCUUUUUCAAGCCGCUCCUAUGGGCAUUCCUGUUUGGAGCUGUGCUGUUUCCAGCAAAGAAACGCCUUUCCGCUUCUCUAAAACGUUGGAUUGAGCAUAUCGAGAAGGAUGACAAGUACCUGUUGCUCGGUGUACUGAGCGCACCGCUGUGCUGGGUGGAUUCGCUAGGGGAGUUCCUUACCAGCUGGUUGAGAGAUCACCUGAAGAUAAUAACCGGACUGGUUGGAGGAUUGGUUUUGCUGCGCUUCAUUUUGUGGUUAACACCGAGUGAGGUGUUUUUCUCAAUAUGGAAUUUCAUCGUUUGGAUCCACUCCCUCUUCCGUACAUUGCUCAGCUCUCUAUCGCUUCAAAUGGUGGUCGUCAUUCUCGUCGUGUACGUUAUAAGCGUGUAUUUUCUAUGGAGUCCUCACCAUUCCACACCGUUCCUGGUGAUUGGACAGUUUCUGUGGAUGGUAAUCGUUGGCUAUGGGAGUAGCUUUCUGGGAGCUCUCCAAGUGCCGGUAUUCCUCGGCCUACUGACGUACGGCCUCAUCGGCCUGGUUUAUAACCUGCAGAAGGAUGAACGGAACGUCCGUUUUAUAGACAAAUGGCACAGCCUGCUAGAUGUCACUAGCUACCGAUUGGACGACACGGCGAUCUUUACCAAUCCGUCUCAUACAGAUGCUUCGAGAAUAGAGGAGAUCAAAUCGAGGCUGCAGCUAGACGUAACGGCGACUCCGCAGCUUUCCAGUACUAUGAACGACUUACCAAGUCAUGUUCACACGUAUCCGGCUAGCAUGCUGACCAACGCAGAAUCGCUCGAGAGUGAUAUGUACUUCCGCUUACUAUUUUACGCUUGCGGCGCUACGCUCGUUUGGAUGCACACUUGGCUACUCUUUCUUGGUUGCAUACCGAUUUGCCUGUACAUCGUGCGGCGGGGAGCAGAAUUCUUGGGUAUAGUCGCGUAUGUAUCCCAGCAAGCGCACCACUACUGGCAGUUGCUGAAACAAUGGCUUUUCCCUCGCCAUUCUGCGCUUCUACCUCUGUGCUUGCCAGGGAUAUUGCGGCUCAACACUAACUUCCAUCGCUACGUUUGUGCCAAGCUUCGUUCCUACAUUGACGAUAUCUCCUCGAUAGUAAUGAUAGGCUUUCUAAUCGUGCUCGUUAUGUUGAUUAGCGUGUUCGCGUUUACACAAAUCUACUCCGAAGCUAUUGCCGUAGCUCAGCUGGGUUCCAAUCUCGUGAACCGCACGCUAAUACACAGGCCGGAACUGAUCGAAAUGUUGCCAAUCGACAUGCAAUCGAUGGACAAUAUCAUCGAUAACGCAUAUAAGUACGGACGUUCGCACAUUGAACAGUACGUCGAUGGUAUCUUCAACGAUACAGAUCCGACACAAGCGAUCAAGUUGAAGAUGCAGAUCCUGAGCGUUUGGGAUCGCUUGAUUCAGAGCUGGAUGGAUCGAAGCAACGGCGAAGGAAUGGUAGGACCACGGGUCCCAGCUCAAGCGAUUCGUAUGACGAUCGAUGAAAUUUUUAUAAAUCCAAUUACCAAAGCUGGGCUGAUUGGCUUUAUCAAGACCAAUUUCGGUAUGCUUUGGGAAGUGGCCGACUCUCUGUGGAUGCUGCUUAGAACAAACCUCACGCUGUUGUUGUCCGCAGUUGGUACUCUUGUUUCAGCAAUUCUUGGAGGAGGUCAUGCGGUGUUGAAAUUUUUAUUUCAUACGAUUAUUUUCUUCACGACGUUAUUUUAUCUACUACAAAGCAGUCAAGAUCGUUACGCACCAACAGCUGUUACUAUCAACAACUCGUGGGGGCCUCGCAUCAUACAGGCUCUAGAGGAUUCAAUAUCAAGCGUGGUAGUUGCAACACUAAAGCUUGCCCUGUUUCACGGAUUGUUCACCUGGCUAACGCACACUGUUUUCGGAGCGCACAUUGUCUAUCUUCCGGCAGUGCUGGCAUCGAUUUUGGCUGCUGCGCCCUUUCUCGAGACAUACUGGUGCAGUGCGCCUGCCUUUUUGGAUCUCUGGUUGUCGCAGGAUCGGUUUUGGUUGGGUGUCAUCCUGGUGAUGAUACACUUCAUCGUUCCGUCCAAUUUUAAUCCGGUCAUUCAUUCGGAGAUUAAGGGAGGAGGACAUCCGUACCUGACAGGUUUAUCGAUAGCUGGUGGGAUGUACUUAUUCGGCCUAGAGGGUGCCCUGCUAGGACCGCUAUUACUCUGUUUGUUGGUUGUUUUGUUCGAAGUUACCAUUAGCGCUAUCCGAGAUAGUCCGGCCACACCACAAACUAGAAAAUCCAGCCUUGAUACGAAUAAUGAUUUAUACUCACCUGCAACUACCAAUAAUUUUCGGUACGCGGCAUUCCAGGAGCAGAUGACCGUGGACGGGCAACGGAUUGGGCUAGAAGGAACGGCCCAAGUAUCAACAACCAUGAAUGUCAAUCGCGGUGAAUCAAUAGCACCGAGCAGUCUCGCACGAUCUACACCUUCGUUGCAUUAAUCGAGCGUGACACACGUUUCCACGGUUUUUCCAACUAUUGCGUGUAUUUUUCCGUCUAUUUGCUUUAAGGCGCUGUUGUAGGGAAACCUUAAUUGAAUCUAUUUGGCAGCUAGGGGAGAUACUUAUUUAAAAAUCAAAAUUCGUUGUGAUAUUAACAAGAAUGCAAGCACUCUUACUCAAAGAAAAGUAUAUUUAUCCUAUUCCGUUUUUGUUUUAUAAUGUAAGCCGAUAUGUUUCUGUAAGCCAUGGCCAAGUUGCUAAGGAAAAUGAUCACUCCAAUCCAAAGCGAAUUUAUAAUGACUAACAUGUAGUUGAAAUGAAUAAUAAAAAUACAUAUAUGAAAAUCUCGACAGUUUAGAAAGGAAAC